UCGCGAAAGGAAGGUCAUAAAACAUCGCAUCGCUGCUGAACAACAAACAAUCGCUGCCGAAGUUUUCACUACUUUUCUUGUUGAAUGCAUAUGCCUGAUCGCAGGGUUUUGUGAAUCGGAUGAACUACUUGGGGAUUCCGGUAUUUGCGGUUGUUGUGAUAGCCCUGAGCAGAACUGAGAUAACAGAUGCUCGUUCUUUCUCCAUCGACUUUGACAAUAACACCUUUGUUAAAGAUGGAGAGCCUUUCCGAUAUAUCGCUGGCAGUCUUCACUAUGGCCGAGUGCAUCCCUUGUACUGGCAGGAUCGCUUGUCUAAGAUGUACAUGGCCGGGUUAGAUGCUGUUCAGACAUAUGUCCCAUGGAACCUGCAUGAACCAGUGCCUGGUACCUACAAUUUUAAGGAUGGAGCUGAUCUAGAAAAAUUCCUGACGACGGCCAAUGAAACCGGGCUGUUGGUUAUUCUCAGAGCGGGGCCUUAUAUUUGUGGAGAAUGGGACAUGGGAGGACUGCCAUCUUGGCUGCUGAGAAAUCAGGACAUCCAACUGCGAUCAUCUGACCCAGCCUUCUUGAAGUAUGUUGACCUGUGGAUGGGAGUCUUACUUCCAAAAGUCAAGCCGUUUCUCUACGCAAAUGGUGGACCAAUUAUAACAGUUCAGGUUGAAAAUGAGUAUGGUAGUUACCCAGCCUGUGAUCAUGUGUACAUGCGUCACCUUCUACAGGUAUUUCAAUCGUACCUUGGAACGGAUGUCGUGUACUUUUCAACCGAUGGGCCGGCGGACAACUACCUGAAAUGUGGGACAUUACAAGGAAUAUACUCAACGAUAGAUUUUGGAGCAGUCGAUGAUCCACAAGCUUUAUUUGAUGAGCAGAGAAAAUAUGAGCCAAAAGGACCAUUGGUUAAUUCUGAAUACUACACAGGCUGGUUGGACCACUGGGGAGAGCCACAUCAGACAGUUCUAACAUCAAAGGUUGCUAGAGGAUUAGAUGCCAUCUUGAAACUCGGCGCUAAUGUCAAUAUGUACAUGUUUGAGGGCGGUACCAACUUUGCUUACUGGAAUGGAGCCAACGGAGACCUUACCUCGUACUCACCUCAACCAACGAGCUAUGACUACGAUGCACCCCUAUCAGAGGCUGGAGAUCCAAAUGAGAAAUACUACAUCUUAAGAACAAUUAUUGGGAAAUACAAAAAGCUAACCCCUGGACCAAUUCCAGUUGCUACCAAGAAAUACGCCUAUGGGAAGACCCUAAUGAGUCAUACUGCUACUCUCUAUGAUGUGUUGGAUAAGAUAGCUCCUUAUGGACCAAUUAGAACAACUUAUCCAAUUAGCAUGGAAGACAUGCAACAGGAUUUUGGGUUCAUGCUGUAUCGCACUACACUGAGGUCAAACUACAAUACGUCACCACUGACUAUCAAUGGAAUUCAUGACAGAGGAUAUGUAUUCGUUGAUAAGAUUCCUGUGGGUAUCCUGAAGCGCAAUACUCAUGUCACUCUCAACAUCACAGCCCAAGAGAAUUCAACGCUCGAUAUACUGGUUGAGAACAUGGGACGUCUCAACUAUGGCUGCUGUAUCAACGACAGUAAGGGUAUCAUUGGGAAUGUCACCCUCGCUGGCUUCGUCCUGACGUCCUGGCAGAUUUUUUCCCUGAACCUAGAGAAAGCCUUAGACCUGAAGCGCAAUUCUGUAGAUGUGCCAUCGGAAGGAGGCACCCCCUCAGGACCUCUGCAAAUACCGUCGUUCUUUGCUGGUACCCUGCCAACUGGUCCCCAAGAGGGACCUCAGGAUACGUUCCUGAGAAUGACUGGAUGGUCCAAGGGUCAGGCUUUCAUCAACGGAUUCAACCUGGGUCGUUACUGGCCAACAGAGGGCCCACAGAUAACGCUGUAUGUGCCAGCUUUUGUCCUGAACCCCACACAGAACACUCUCGUCCUCUUUGAAACAGAACACUCCCCCUGUAAUACGUCGGACCCCUUUGCUAUAUGCUCCGUUGAAUUCAUCGACAGGCCAAUUAUAAACUCUACAAUACCGCCUGAAGACCUACAAGCGAGCCAAAGAAAGAACUCAGACUCACAAACUUUUUGGAGGGAAAAUGAAGAAAGUGCCGAUGCAGAUUUCGGAGAACAUAAACUCUUAAAGAACGAACGAUUGUCAGGGAACAAGAUCCAGGAUGUUGAUGAGACAUGGGGGAGGGACGUUGUACCUGGGAAGGGGUCCAAGAAUGGAUUUGAUCUCAGUUCCGAUUCUCAAGAAGCUUUUGAUGAAAACACAAUUAUUGUGGAUUCCAAGAAAGAGUGGAAGGACAUUGGGAAAGAGGUUGUUGUUUCCGCUACAGAGGUGAUGAUCUUCCUGGGUGGACUACCAGCAGUACUUUGGAACUUUUUUAUCGUCUGAAAUCGUUUCAAGACUGAAUUGAGUUCAAAUUUUAUAAGUAAUAGUAAUAAUAGUGGCUGUUAAUUUAGCCCAAUAUCCGUCACUCAGUGACACUCGAGACACUUUAACAUUCAGUAUUUUCCUGCAAGGUAAUAUUGAUUGAUUGAUUUGGCUUAUUGUAUUUAUAUACAAGUAUACAAGUUAACAAUAGAAAUUGCCUUGGAUAUCAUGCUUAAAAAGACAAUAAAUAACAGAAAUUAAUGUUAAAAAUUAAGGAACUACAUUUGAAUUAUGAGACCUACUCCUUUUACUUAGCACCAUGUAAUGGUUUACAGCUUGCUGUGGCGCAAUAUGCUGCCAGGCAAACCCUUUUCUUUUUGGUGCACCGGGUUCUUUUACUUACGUAACACAACAGCUUCUGUUAUUUUCAACAGGCAGACAUAAAAAAGUCUGAUUUCAGUAUCACAUACACAGCAGAAGCAUAAUGUAGUAGCAAAUUAUGGCCCUUUACUUUGUAGACAAAGAAAUCUAAUUCAAUAAACAGACCCCAAAAAGUAGUAAUUUACAAUUUAAAAUGCUCAGCAUUAUGUAAUUAGUACAGGGCACUUCUAGACAGGGCACUUCUAGACAGGGCUUACAGACAUGGACACGAGUACUUUCACUGUCGUCCAAUAUCUGUUCAACUUCCUUGGUAGUCAGGAUGCACUAUUUUGUUUUAAGAACAGUGUGAGCAGUUUUACUCGACUUGCGGUGGUAAUUCACUUUUUACAUCAACGUGAAUUUUUUUUUUUUUUUUUUUUUUUGG